AUGGAUCCUGUGGGGCUGGGGCUGGACCCCACCCUGCUGUCUGAGGCAGAGCGAAGGAGAUGCAGCUUGACAAGAGAUCUGUGCUUUGGAGAGCUGUUUGUGUGCUCAUUUCACUCCCUCGUCUGUGGUGGCAGCACAAGAAGUGGGGCCCACCGUUUUGGGAGAGCGAGUCGUGGGCCAAGCGGGGGGAGGCCGGCAGGGGGCGCGCGCGGGCGAGGGAGUGUCGGGGCGGCGUGGGCCGGCCUUUGUGGGCUGGGCUGGGCUGGGCUGGGGCGGCCGGCGGCGGCGUCGUCGGGGCUGGCGAUGGCGGCGGCGGUGUGGACGCGUCGGGCGGGCCAGGUGGGGCCGGUGGAGGUGCUGGUGCGGGAGCGCUGGGUGCGGGCGCUGGCCGAGCUGAGCGGGGAGGCGCUGACCCUCACCUCGGAGCCGCCGCCCAACGGGCUCCUGCCCUCCCGCUCCCCGCCGGGCUCUCCUCCUCCUGCUGCUGCUGCGGGGCCGGGGGUGCGGCGGGUGCGCGUGGUGAAGGCGGAGGCGGGCGGGCUGGGCAUCAGCAUCAAGGGCGGCCGCGAGAACCGCAUGCCCGUCCUCAUCUCGCGCAUCUUCCCCGGGCUGGCGGCGGAGCGCUGCGGCGCCCUCCGCCUCGGCGACGCCAUCCUGGCCGUCAACGGCACCGACCUCCGCGACGCCACCCACGACCAGGCCGUGCAGGCCCUCAAGCGCGCCGGCAGGGAGGUCCUCCUCGAAGUGAAAUACAUGCAGGAGGCGACCCCCUACAUCAAGAAGCUGUCCCUCGUCUCGGACCUGCCGUGGGAGGGGUCGGCUCCCCAGUCGCCCAGCCUCAGCAGCAGCGAGGAUUCCGGCUCCCCCAAACACGGCAGCCCCGCCAAGGACCGCAGAGUCAUCCCCUUGAAAAUGUGCUACGCUGCGCGCAACCUGAGCAUGCCCGAUCUGGAGGGCAGGUUGAUAGAGCUGCAUUCCCCUGACAGCAGGAACACUCUGAUCCUCCGCUGCAAGGACUCGGCCACGGCACAUUCCUGGUUCUUGGCCCUCCACACCAACAUCAUGGCUCUCCUCCCACAGGUCCUGGCCGAGCUCAACGCCAUGCUGGCUGCUGGCAACACUCCGGGGAGCGGCAGGGAGGUCAAACACGUGGCGUGGCUAGCCGAGCAGGCCCGGCUGGACGGAGGGAGGCAGCUGUGGCAGCCGGUUCUCGUGGCCGUGACAGAGAAGGACCUGCUGAUGUACGACUGCAUGCCAUGGACCAGGGAGGCCUGGGCAGCUCCCUGCCACAACUACCCGCUGCUUGCCACCAGGCUGGUCCAUUCAGGUGCUGGGCAGAGGUCGCCCUGCAUUGGAUCCGAUCUCACGUUUGCCACGAGGAUGGGGACUCAGCAGGGCAUCGAGAUGCACGUGUUCCGUGCAGAGACGCACCGGGAUCUCUCCUCCUGGACCCGAGUCCUGGUGCAAGGCUGCCAUUCGGCUGCAGAGCUGGUCAAGGAGGUGUCUUUGGGCUGCGUCUUGAAUAGCCAGGAGGUCCAUCUCCGAGUCCACUAUGAAAAUGGCUUCACCAUCUCCAGAGAGGAGGGAGGCUCUGCCAGCGUCCUUUUCCGCUACCCGUAUGAGAAGCUAAAAAUGUCAGCAGAUGAUGGCAUCAAGAACCUCUACUUGGAUUUUGGGGGUCCUGAGGGGGAGCUGACGCUGGAGCUGCCCUCGUGCCCCAAGCCCAUCGUCUUCGUCCUGCACACCUUCUUGUCGGCCAAAGUGACCCGCAUGGGGCUGCUGGGGUAGGAGCCGAAGGCCGCCCAGAGUGCCCCCACGGCUCUGCCUUUCUGAGGUCCCCUCCCUGCAUUGGUGCCUUGCCCUGGACUUGCUGCCCACGGGGCGCUUUGCCUGCCAGAGAGCUGUGGCCCUGGCAGUGACUGCUGCUCUUGCUAGACUCGCCUUCCCGGGAGAGAAGCGGCUGCAAAGGAGGACGACGGUGGCAGCG